CGUCCAAAAGGUGUAUUUAUUUUGUUCAAAACUCAUUCUGGGUUGUCUUUCACAAUGUAUCCGGUUCUCUCUGAAUUGAAUUCUCUGUUUUUCUUGUUUUUCAGCCUUAUGUAGUGUACUUGGGAGAACACACACAUGGGCCAGAGCCAACCUCCCUUGAACUCAACCAAGCGACAACUUCCCAUUACAAGAUUCUGAGCUCUGUCGUCGGAAGUGCUGAGAUUGCUAGGGACAAGAUUUUUUACUCAUAUACUCAUUCCAUCAAUGGUUUUGCCGCGGUCCUGGACGAGGAGGAAGCUGUGCAAACGUUCGGAUGUGAUUUCUGUUUUUCCAAACAAGCCAAGGAAACUGCACACAACUCAUUCAUGGGAAUUUUUGAGAUUGAAAAGAGACGGGAUUAUUCUCUCGGAAGCAAUCUGGAAGAAGGCAAGGUUUGGGAAAGACACCAUCAUUGGAAACCUUGAUACCGGCGUUUGGCCGGAAUCAAGGAGCUUUUCGGAUGAAGGGUAUGGUCCCGUCCCAUCAAGGUGGCGGGGAGUCUGUCAAAAUGGAAAUGGAGAUGAAUUCCAUUGCAGCAGGUCCAUUCUUUACACUGCACUUCUCUCACUGUACACUCACAUGCCAAGACAAGGCCUCAACUAUUAAGUUUUUAACAUUUAAGGACUAAACUUUGAAUAUUUUUACAUUUAAGGAUAGGAAUGUUUCAUUUUUACUCUGGUGACUGUGAAAAUACCCAAAAAUAUGUUUUCCUAUAAAGGUAUACAAGUUUC